UUCGUCGCGCGCGUGGCCUUUUCUCUCUCAUCCACCCCUUCCACCUCGUUCUUGCUAACCAGGUGCGAUAACAGCGGGUCGCAAAAAUGCCUGAACAGAGACAACGUAGGGAGGAGGAGGGCCAAGGCUCUGGCCUCAGAGGCGUCCUUCAGGGUCUGGCUUUCUUCAUGUUAGCCAAAUUCAUUAUGGGUCAGUUCAUGGGCGGUAAUCAACAGAGUAGCGUCUCAGGUGCAAAGCCAAAUGACGUGCCCAGUUUCGCUACUCGUCCGCCUCGCAGCCAGAUUCCCAACUACAGCCACAUCCCUGAUCUCGUGACUCCAAUCUGGCCUACCGAUAGCGUCCUUGAUAUGAAUAUAUAUGUUUCGCCUUCUAUCGCGGUUCCAAACUUCAAGUCUCUUCCCUCUGACUCACUUGUCUUGGAAGAGAGAAACUUCACGCUCGGGAACUACAGCGACAUCAGAGAGAUCGACACCACUAUCAAAGUUCCGAAGGAAGUUCAGCGCAACGGUACACUCUGGGCGCACUUUUUCGUUGGAUUGAGUGGGCAUCAAUUAGACCCUACAGCCAAGGAUUAUAGCACGGACAGCGCAGUUCACUUCUUCCGCCCAUUGAAUCAGUAUCUUCCCAAGAAGAAGGCUAAGAAGCUCAAGAAUCUUCUUGCCUCAAAUGAAGAGGCUGCAGAGCAAGAGGACGAUGGCGCCCCGGCUGUGUCAAUCGCUUCGUUUUACCACCCCAACUUCACGGUUUCUUUCGUUCCCGACUCUGGUGCCCAGAAGUACCGCCAAGUUCAUCCUGCUAUCAGACACCACAUACAGCUGGAAUCUAGCGGUGCGAGAGAUGCCACCGGACAGAAUGGAUGGUAUUACCCGAUUGUUUUUCUCAACACAUUUUGGCAGCUCAAGACCCAUAUGAUGGAGCUUAACUCUACUGUUGACACCGUUCCUCUACGCAUCACUCUCAAUAAUCUGCAGAAUUGGAAAUUCAACAUGAUGGCGAGUCUUGACGCCAAUGCCAAGGAGACCGCCAGACAGGCUGCCUUUGGAAACACUGCCCCUGGUGGCGGCGAUGGGUCCGAGUUCGAAAUGAUAAAGGAAGUCUUGUUGGACACGAACAUCUGGCUAUUGGGUACCACCGGUGUUGUCACCGUUCUCCACAUGGUCUUCGAAACACUCGCAUUCAAGAACGACAUUUCCCACUGGCGCAAGAAGAAGGAUGUUGUUGGAACGUCCGUCCGCACUAUCCUUGCCAACGUGUUCAUGCAAGCAGUCAUCUUCCUCUAUCUCAUGGACAAUAGCGAGAAUACAUCCUGGAUGAUUCUUGCCAGCCAGGGAUUCGGUAUCUUGCUUGAAGCGUGGAAGAUCACGAAGACUGUGGAUGUGCGCCUGCGACCACCCCCGGCUGGAUCCUUCUUUUCUUUCCUGCCCUACGUGGUGGUCUUCGAGGACAAGCACAAACUCAGUGAAACGGAGCAGAAAACCAAGGAAUAUGACGAGAUCGCGUUCCGUUACCUAUACAUCCUUGCCGUGCCUCUUCUCGCAGCAUACGCAGCCUACAGCCUCAUUUACAACACUCACAAGUCAUGGUACUCCUAUGUCAUUGAGACUUUGGUUGGGAGCGUUUACGCCUACGGCUUCCUGAUGAUGGUCCCUAGUCUGUACAUCAACUACCGACUAAAGUCUGUCGCUCACAUGCCUGGCAAGGCAUUGAUGUACAAGUUCCUCAACACUUUUAUUGACGAUCUCUUCGCCUUCACUGUCAAGAUGCCCUGGCUUCACAGACUCGCCACGCUCAGAGAUGAUGUUAUCUUCUUCGUCUGGCUGUACCAGAGCUGGAAAUACAAGAUCGACUACACUCGUGUCAACGAAUUCGGCCAGGGCGGAGACAGUGAUGAUGAAGACGAAGCUACCCAGGCUGAAAAGCCCAAGCUUGAAGCAUCAGCUACUGCGUCUGGCAACGAGAAGUCUAAGGAGGCCGCUAGAAAAAGAAAGUAAGAGCUGCUCAUCAUGACGCAACGACUGUUUCUAUGAUAAGCACAUGCUUGAAGGCAUAAGCAGACACUGUAAUAGAGUCAACAUAGUCAGUAUGUCUUUAUUGAUACAAAGAAUUCAUUAAACAACACUGAGU